UCCGAUUAUUAAGCUGAUAGAUUUGCGUGUUUAGAGAAUAUCGACGACGUCAACGUAGAAAAUGCAAAAUUCAUUCAAGGACUCGGCACUAUAGAAGGAGAACUGCCAUCUCCUAUCGAUUUAGAUAUCAGUAAAAUGACACCGAUUAAUUUGGCGCUAUUGCAAUGGAUUUAUUAUGACGUUGCACCGCGAAAAUUAAAGAUCACCAACACAGGACAAACUGCUGUUCUCGGUGCAAAGUGGCUAAUGGAAAAGCCAUAUAUCACUGGUGGUCCUCUUAAUGGAAAUUACGUUUUUUCACAAAUGCAUUUUCAUUGGGGCAAAACGGAAAUGUAUGGUAGCGAGCAUCGGGCCGAUGGUGCAAAGUGUGCGAAUUUUCUUCGUAACUCUCUCUCUCUCUCUCUCUCUCUCUCUCUCUCUUUAUUACUGAUCUCAUUGAAAUAAUCUUAACUU